AUGACCCUGACAUCGGUUUUACUUGCCUUGAAGAAUACUGAGAAAGGCGCGACUAUCACAGAAAAUCCUACCCCUCUCGAAUGUCAAGAUGCAGCUUCGAUUCAUGUAUUAGCAUUCACUUCACACGGGGAACUUUUGGUCGCCGAAAGCGAGGGCAGUUUCGAUAUGGAUGAAUGGGAUGAAAUAUACGAGCAUGGAAAGGGCCUAUGCUGUAGAGGUCACGUAUCGGCCGAGGAUGAUAUCAUGAAUGAGGAUGAGCUUGAAAAUGAGGCAGUUUCAAGUCUCAUGAUGUUCGUAAAAUCCGCAGUACAAGAAAAGGUUGCUACCGAUCUUCAUUGGAAAGGUUGA